AUGGCGGCCAUACCAUACAGCUCGCAAUCCCUCAACUCGAACUGGACCUUCAAGCAAGGCGACCGCUCUUCAACCUCUGAAUACCUUUCAGCCAACGAUGUUCCUACUGAAAUCCACCGAGAUCUCAUCAAAAAUGGGAAGAUCGAAGACCCCUUCAAUGACCUCAACGAGCUGUCCGUGCGCUGGGUUGCCGAUGUACCGUGGACGUAUCGCGCGACGUUUCUCGCUCCGCCAGAUCAUGGCAAGGCUGGUACGAAGACAGUCUUGAAGUUCGAAGGAUUAGACACUUUUGCUUCGGCAUACCUAAACGGGAAGCUGGUUUUGGAGUCUGACAACAUGUUUAUCGAGCACCGUGCUGAUGUUAGCGAGAGCCUCAAUCAAGGGGAGGAUAAUGUGCUGGAAAUCGUGUUUGAGUCCGCGAGACAGAGGGGCCUCGAGCUCGUGAAAAAGCACAAAGAGCAUAGGUUCAUCGUGCACCAGACGGAAAUCUCAAGAGGUCCGGUGCGAAAGGCGCAGUAUCACUGGGGCUGGGACUGGGGUCCGCUUCUGCUCACUUGCGGACCGUGGAAACCCAUCUCCAUCGAGACGUACGCCGCUUGCAUCGACCAUGUAUGGGUGGAAUAUGAGCUUAGCGACGAUCUUCAAGGGGCGAAAGGGACGGUUUACGUGAACGUGCAAGGAGGAGCAGGCGCUGUGGACCUCGAGAUCAGCAGGGAAAACGAAACUGUCAAGAGGCUGACCCUGAGUAGUGCAACUACUACCUCUGAGGGAGAUAAAGUGUCCAGCUUCGAGUUCGAACUCUCCAGUAUCGCGCUCUGGUGGCCGCGCGGCUAUGGCAGGCAGUCCCUGUACACGGUCACCGUGACUCUUCGCGCUGCAGAGAAGGAAGAGAAAGAGAAAUACGAGAGUGCUCAACCAAUCGCUCUUGACCAAACGUCCAAAACAUUCGGCUUCCGCAAAGUGGAGCUCAUCCAAGAACCCGAUGCUCACGGCACAUCCUUCUACUUUCGCAUCAAUAACGUCGACAUCUUCUGCGGAGGCUCGUGCUGGAUCCCUGCCGACUCCUUCCUCUCGCGCCUCACACCUUCCGACUAUCGCUCCUGGCUUGACCGUGCAGCAGAAGGAAACCAAACCAUGGUGCGCGUCUGGGGCGGCGGUAUCUACGAAGACUCUUCUUUCUACGCCGCCGCUGACGAGCUCGGCAUUCUCAUAUGGCAAGACUUUGCCUUCGCAUGCGCCAACUAUCCCGCUUACCCUUCGUACUUGAAGAGCGUAGAGACCGAAGCGCGGCAAAACGUGCGGCGCUUGCGAAACCACCCUAGUCUGGUCAUCUGGGCGGGCAAUAACGAAGACUACCAGAUUGUGGAGAGAUACGGGCUUGAGUAUUGCUACGAAAAGGAUAAAGACCCGCAGUCGUGGCUCAAGACAAACUUCCCCGCUCGCUACAUCUACGAGCACCUCCUCCCCAACAUCAUUUCAGAAGAAACGAAAGGCGUUCCGUAUCACCCCUCCUCACCCUUUGGCAACGGGACGUCCACAGUGCUGAAAGUUGAUCCUACGGUCGGCGACAUCCAUCAGUGGAAUGUCUGGCACGGGACUAUGCAGCCAUACCAACAUCUGCCCAGCAUGGGCGGCCGCUUCGUCUCCGAGUUUGGCAUGGAAGCUUAUCCGCAUCUCUCCACACUCGAAAAAUGCAUCACCAGGGAAGAAGAUCGGUACCCCGGCAGCAUGGCAAUGGACUUCCGCAACAAAGCCGUCGGGCACGAACGUCGCUUGAUUUCCUACGUCGCGGAGAACUUUCGCAUACGAUACGAUCUCCCAUCCUUCACGCACCUCACGCAGGUCAUGCAAGCAGAUGCACUAUCCUGGGCGUACAAAUCCUGGCGCCGAGACUGGGGCUCCCGCGGAAACAGGAAAUGUGGAGGCGUCCUGGUCUGGCAGUUCAACGACUGCUGGCCGACCAUGAGCUGGGCGGUCGUGGAUUACUACGGCGUCCCAAAACCGGCGUACUACGCGAUCAAGCGUGCCCUGGAGCCGACCGUUGUGGGCGUGCGGCGGAAGGUGAACGAGUGGACGAUGCGGCCGGCUGAUGAGCUGUGGCAGCGAGAUACUGGACAUAUUGAUAUGCGGAAGAUAUGGGAAGAUGUAGAGUUUGAUGUUUGGGCUGCGAGUAGUAGAACGGAGAGAUUGACGGGAGAGCUGGUGGUUAAGUUCAUCUCGAUUAAGAGCGGGAACGAGGUUUUGCCGGCUUUGAGGGAAAAGGUGGAGAUCGAGCCGAACGGGACGACUGAUGUUAUCAAGGCGCAUAAGGUUCAACUUCCGAGCCCGCAAGAUCCCAACAACCCCUUUUCUACCUUAGCUGCGGACCCGUUCGUCAUCUACGCCACCCUCCUCAUCUCAGACAAUCAGAUAGCUUGGGAUGUCUCAUGGCCAGAGCCAAUCAAGUAUCUACGAUUCCCAGACAGAGAGGUGGAAGUGUUGUACGCGAAUGACAAAACACAGGCGUUCGUCUCAGCUGGAAAGCCAGUUAAAGGGUUCGUGUUCGACGAGAGAGAGGGCAUCACGUUGAGUGAUAAUGGAUUCGAUCUCGUACCAGGCGAGACGAAGAAGGUUUCUGUGAAGGGCUGUGGUGCUGAUGAGCUAGGAUGGAAGUAUGUGGAGAUGGAUUGA